AUGGCAGAAGGUUUGCACUGUUAUUUCAAGUCCUUCUCUGGUUUCCGCACUGCUGACCGUCAGCAGUAUGCCUAUGUUAGCGACUUUUUCUACAUCAUCACUAUGUGUGUCACCAAAUGUGCUGGUGCUUGCCUGUUUCUGCGCUUGUCUCCAGACCGAACUCACGUCAGAUCUUCCCAAGCGGUUCUCAUCACCUCGUCACUGUUUGCUAUUACAUCCAUAUUCAUGUUGGCACUACGGUGCAACAUGCAACAUCCAUGGUUGUACGCUGGCGAGCGUUGCGAAGGCUUGUAUACGAGAUGGCAAGCCAUCACUGCAUUCGAUGUUCUCACCGAGCUUGGCCUCUUCGCCAUUGCCCUGCACAUGGCCCAUGGUCUUUUUGUCUCGCCGGGCAAAAAGGCCGUUGUAUUGCUUGCAUUUGCUCUCCGCCUUGGAGUUGUCGCACCAUCCAUCAUGCGCCUGAAUUAUUUGAGUUCAGCUCUCGCCAGCCCGGAUCCGUCACUCGACGGUGUACUGGCAGUUGUCUGUACCCAAAUCGAAAUAUGCUAUGCCAUCAUCGCCACAACCACACCUUGUCUGCGUCCCUUCAUGUCUGCUCUCAAUACAGGAUAUGGGGGUCCGGGCCCAAUACCGACGCCAAAGGGAUCCAGAGCGUCGAGCUCGGGACAUGACCGCAGCUUCACUGCAAGGUCGGGCCAGAGCGCCAAGCAGAAGAAGCAGCAGCGGUUCUCUGGGUUGGGGACUUUUGAGCUCGAGGAGAAGGCGCAGCGUCCCCUCCCGGAGCUAAGGUGGGAUAAGACGCAGUAUAACGUCGCUAUCGAGACGGGCGAGCGGCCCAGGACUGGACAGGAGAUAGAACCGAUGCCGGAUCGUGAUCAAAACAGCCUUCAAAGCCAAGACAACUACGAGGAUCAGUUUAGACAGAGCUAG